AUGGUUUUGACCUUUGUGCGGAUGAUUUCAGCACUUGCCCUUGGUGCCUUGGUGAUCUCCGAGGCUUCUGAACCUUGUGCUUCGCAUUCGGCCUCUGCAGCUGAAGCCGAUGUGGCUCAUGCUUGCGAUGGCCAGGAUGGCGACGUGUCAGCGAUGCUGCAGAUCCACGGGAAGAGCCCCGCCUUGACCAAGGCCCAGAUGAUCGGCUUCAGCAUCUACACCUUUCCAGAUAAUACUUUGCGGCAUGACGCCGCGAUGAAAGCGCUCAGCAAGGUGGCUCAGUAUGCGGAGGAGCUGGAGAGCGUUGGAAUCAAUCUUAGUUUCACUGCCCCGCAGGGAUUCUAUGCGGGCUUGGCCGAUCCUGACAGGGACGCAGCCCUUCGCUUCGAGUUGAUGAAGGAUGCCGUCGAGACUGCCCGUGCGAAAGCAAACUACGACCCGAGCCCGUCUACCUUGAAGGUCUUCAUGGCUCCGGAGUUCUUCUUCCGUGGCUCACGGGGUGCCUAUGAUGCCAACACCCUCUACGGUUGCCCUGAGGCGACGUCCAAGUCCAAGCGCACGUGCAAGGCGACGAUCCAAAUAUUGCUCGAAAAGAUGAAAGGAUUCGUGAGCGAGGAGCGCUGGUCUGAUUGGCUCUUCGUCUUUGGCACCAUCGUCGCUGCGGAGCCCAGGCCGGGAGCUUCCUCCACCCAUGCCGCAAUCACCAGCGAAUCCCUUUUCUACAACGUCGCCCCGGUCUUCCGGGGAGGUCCAGGAGGCGAGCGGUUCGUGUUGCCGAAGACCUACAUCAGUGGCAUCGAUUUCCUAAAUUGUCUCCGAGGGCAUGAUGGCAGCCCCGACGGCUGCGUCAACAAUCCCAGGCAGCUCGGGGACCCCGAGUACACGGCGAUUCCUGCCGUCGCCCAGUCGUACCUCAGCGACAUGGGUUUCCAGACGGCCACCGAUAAUAUGUUCACGGUCCAGGGUGUGCUUUUCGGUUUGGAGAUUUGCUUGGACCAUUUCCAGGCCGUGUUGCACACGAACAUGGAGAAGAAGGGUCUCCUCCCUGGCGGCGGUGUUCAGGUUCAUCUCAUUACUUCAGCCGGCAUGAGCAUCACAUAUGGCCUCACGCCGUUUGGGGCUCCAGAGUUCCUGCAGGACGGAGGUGAAGGGGCGCGCUCGCAGAUCGGCACCGGUCAGCCCCUUUUGCAACCCGAGAUCCCUGCCCUGUCCAAGGAUUGGCCGCGCAACUUCACCGAUAUCUUCUCAUUGGAGAGUGUCAAGCCAUCAUUGCGCGUGUUCUCCCCGGUGCCCAUCCCGGCCUCGCCUCGUUUCUCCCCUUGGGUUGAUCGCCUCUGUGCAGAGGUCGCUUCGCCUUGUGUCGUGACAAAGCUUCGCGAACACAAAGGCUUGCCGGUGCAAAAACUGUUUUCAUCGUGA